GCUCAUGUCAUGCUGACCGUCCUGGCCUAUACUCAGCUACAAACAUGUCAAUUAUUGAGGAUAUUUACAAACGCUGUCCCCGUCGUGAUCCCAAGAAAGCUACAGAGGAUUUGAAGGCAGCCUCUGAGGAUUAUCCAAAGGGAAAGGCGCUUUCAGAAGAAUUACAACUUGACCGUAAACGUUUGAAGGACGAUUCAUAUAUGAGGCCUCGCAAACUAUUCUAUGGAUUCGGAGUGAACAUCCAGGACUUCAUUGAUUAUCACCAGAGGUACAAUCUUCCCCGACCGCCUCCUGAAGAUGAUCGGUCGCUGUUGUGGUUGUAUAUGAUGGACCAGGUGCUGGAAGACUUGAAGAAAACUUGCCACUUCUAUAGAUUCAAGCGUGAACUAGCCAUAUCAGUUUAACACCGGUACAUUCUGGCCAUCUAUGAUUCAUACACUUUUGACCACGGGGAAAUGGACAACGACACGGAACAGCGGAUAUAUGGAGAAUUGAGGGAGAGAAUGGAUGUGUGUAAGAACCAGGAACCGCGAUGGUUUCGUCCUUUUCUCGUCGAGGAUAUUCCCUUCAAAAUCCUGUUGAUCAGUCUAUUCUAAUGCUCCCCUCUGCUUUCGUCAAACAUUGAAUUGUCACAUAUUCUCUCACCUUUGUUCAAUUGAACUGUACA